GGAUUGCAUCUUUGAUUCAUUGUUCUUGUGGUGAUCUUUGUAAAGACUCGAUUCAAUUAUAGUGGAGUAGUUGCUUGUGUCGUCAAGCCCCAGACGUACGGAUUCACAUCGAAUCCCGAACUGGCUUUCGCGAAUUCGCGCGUGGACCGAGUGGUGAUCAUGGAUUCUCCGUUCAAUCCUGAUGUCCUCAAAGGCAAGGUGGCUCUCAUCACGGGAGGCGGAUCAGGCAUCGGUUUCGAGAUCUCCACUCAGUUCGGGAAACAUGGAGCUUCCAUCGCCAUCAUGGGACGCCGUAAACAAGUCCUCGACGCCGCCGUCUCUGACCUCCGAUCCCUCGGGAUUGCGGCUAUUGGAUUGGAAGGUGACGUUCGUAAGCCAGAGGAUGCGAAGAGAAUAGUGGAAUCAACUUAUCAGCACUUCGGUAGGAUUGAUAUUCUCAUUAACGCAGCCGCCGGAAAUUUUCUCUCUGCGGCUGAGGAUUUGUCCACCAAUGGCUUCAGAACAGUUUUAGAUAUUGAUGCAGUAGGAACGUUCAACAUGUGCCAUGAAGCACUCAAGUAUCUUAAGAAAGGAGGGCCUGGUAGAGACCCAUCAAGCGGCGGUGGGUCGAUCAUCAACAUAAGUGCUACUUUGCACUACACUGCUUCUUGGUACCAAAUACAUGUUUCUGCAGCCAAGGCAGCAGUCGAUGCUACGACAAGGAACUUGGCAUUGGAGUGGGGAACUGACUACGAGAUCAGAGUGAACGGGAUUGCGCCAGGCCCCAUAGGAGGCACGCCUGGAAUGAGUAAGCUUGUACCUGACGAGAUCCAAAACAAAACCCGAGAGUUAAUGCCUCUCUAUAAACUCGGUGAGAAGUGGGAUAUCGCCAUGGCUGCACUCUACCUCAGCGGUGAUACUGGGAAGUAUGUGAAUGGACUAACAAUGGUGGUAGAUGGAGGAUUGUGGCUUAGCAAACCUCGCCAUUUGGCAAAAGAAGCUGUGAAGGAACUCUCUCGUGUUGUGGAGAAGAGGUCUAGGGCCAAACCUGUUGGUCUGCCGACCAGCAAACUUUAAAGAGUGUUUGUCUUUCUCAUCUCAAACAUUAAGAGUGUGAUGUUGGGUUAUUUGAUUGUAUUACGUUGGAUACAAUACAAACAAAAUGGUGGGUAUUGAGAUUCUGAAGGUUGAAACGUUCUUUUUUUUUUCUUUGAACAUCUGAAACAUUCUUUAUUAAUCACAAUGAUUGUAAUGGAUU